GCGCGCGGCUCUCCGAACCGGAAGUGGAGACGAACUGUCGCGGGGCGCGUCUGGCCUUACUCAACGCCCGGCAGUCUCUGCCGUUGCAGCGGCCCCCAGGCCUCCCGCAGUCGCCAUGUCCGCCAGCGCCGUCUACGUGCUGGACUUGAAGGGCAAGGUGCUCAUCUGCCGGAACUACCGUGGCGACGUGGACAUGUCGGAGGUGGAGCAUUUCAUGCCCAUCCUGAUGGAGAAGGAGGAGGAGGGCAUGCUGUCCCCCAUCCUGGCCCACGGGGGCGUCCGCUUCAUGUGGAUCAAACACAACAACCUGUAUCUGGUCGCUACCUCCAAGAAGAACGCGUGUGUGUCGCUGGUCUUCUCCUUCCUCUACAAGGUGGUGCAGGUGUUCUCCGAGUACUUCAAGGAGCUGGAGGAGGAGAGCAUCCGGGACAACUUUGUCAUCAUCUACGAGCUGCUGGAUGAGCUCAUGGACUUUGGCUACCCCCAGACCACAGACAGCAAGAUCCUGCAGGAGUACAUCACUCAAGAAGGCCACAAGCUGGAAACUGGGGCCCCGCGGCCCCCAGCCACCGUCACCAACGCAGUGUCUUGGCGAUCCGAAGGCAUCAAGUACCGGAAGAAUGAGGUGUUCUUGGACGUCAUAGAGUCUGUGAACCUCCUGGGUAAAUACCCAGGAGUGGGAUGGCUGGGUCACACGGUCAGUGCCAACGGCAACGUCCUGCGCAGCGAAAUCGUGGGCUCCAUCAAGAUGCGGGUCUUCCUCUCGGGCAUGCCGGAGCUGCGCCUGGGCCUCAACGAUAAGGUCCUCUUCGACAACACGGGCCGGGGCAAGAGCAAGUCUGUGGAGUUGGAGGACGUGAAGUUCCACCAGUGCGUGCGGCUCUCCCGCUUUGAGAACGACCGCACCAUCUCCUUCAUCCCGCCCGACGGCGAGUUUGAGCUCAUGUCCUACCGCCUCAACACCCACGUCAAGCCCUUGAUCUGGAUCGAGUCUGUGAUCGAGAAGCACUCCCACAGCCGCAUCGAGUACAUGAUCAAGGCCAAGAGCCAGUUCAAGCGGAGGUCAACUGCCAACAACGUGGAGAUCCACAUCCCCGUGCCCAACGAUGCCGACUCGCCCAAGUUCAAGACCACGGUGGGGAGCGUCAAGUGGGUCCCCGAGAACAGCGAGAUCGUGUGGUCCAUCAAGUCCUUCCCAGGCGGCAAGGAGUACCUGAUGCGGGCCCACUUCGGCCUGCCCAGCGUGGAGGCCGAGGACAAGGAGGGCAAGCCCCCCAUCAGCGUCAAGUUCGAGAUCCCCUACUUCACUACCUCAGGCAUCCAGGUGCGCUACCUGAAGAUCAUCGAGAAGAGCGGCUACCAGGCCCUGCCCUGGGUGCGCUACAUCACCCAGAACGGAGAUUACCAGCUCCGGACCCAGUGAGGGGCCACCACAGCCAACUCCCCCGGCCCCGCCCGGCCUCGGGGCUCCUGGUGGAAGCACCAGGGACGUUCCUGCCAAGCCCACCAGAUGGAGGAGGGCCGCUCCCUAGACCCUGGCCACCCGCUGGCCUCUGCCCAGGGCCCCCUCCCUCUGCAGGCCACCUGCUCUGCCCUGGACUCUCAUCUCAGAAGACCUUUUCCCAAAGAGACUCCUGCCGAGUCUUCCUGCCGAGGCCUGUCCCCUUGCCCCUGAGGUCCAGGGAAGGACGAGGGACUGUCCCCCUAGAGGGGCAGCAAUGGCCUCCUGUGCUGUUCGGCGCCCGUGCCAGCCUUGCCUGGCCAGCAGGGACAUCGUUUUGUUGCCAUUUUGUUGAAUGACAUUGUUCACAGCUGUUCCCAGAACUCGUCUCUGUGCGCUCCUUGCUGUGUCCCGCCCGUCCACCUGUCCAGCCACGCGGGGCAGCGCUUGGGGACAGCGCCCUCGCCUGCUGGCCACCCGCUGGACAGUGGCCGGCUGCCCUCGGGCUGCUCCUCGGAGCCCCUGCCUGGACUCGGCCUCCCAGGUGUCGCCCUCCAGGGUCUCCCAGGCCGCUCGGAGCUUCCCUCAGCCAGAUCAGGGUUCCGAGGGGGGGGCGGGUGAGACUCCCCUUCUCUCUGCAGGGAAGGCUCCUCCCCGGACAGCUCGGGCAGGCGUGGGGCCGGCAUGUCACCACUUCUGUGUGGCCCCAUGAGAUGCUGCCCUUCCCAACCCCCCACCCCCAGCUGAGAAACAGGAACAGGCUGUGGGGACAGCACGGCCACUUCCUGCACCGGGGCUGCCCCUCUGGGGGCCCCAGGGCCACGCACAGGGCACAUUCUUUUCCUCUCACCUGAAGAAGACGCAUUCAACUCUCGGUGACCAGCCAGCUGUCCCAGCCCCUGUUGUGACAGGCCUGGUACCAGCAGCUCAGCAUCCCACAGCCUCUAGACACGGUCACGGCCCACGCAGGUCUUCACCCAGCGCACGCUGGUGCCUGCAGCCUGGUCUGUAGGUGGGAGAAGGAGCCCUCGGCAGUCUCCUGUCCCUUCCUGUGCUGGUGUCCCUGCCCAUCCCGCCCCGACUGUGCACCGCCACCGCCCCUCCCCCGGGUCUCCAGCAGGCACGCGACUCCACAUGGCCCUGUGGAAUCUCGCCCUCCACCCAGGAGCUUUCCGCUGGGCCCAGACCCAGGCAGGGGGCCACAGUGGCCACCCAAGCCACCCGGGGCCUCACUGCAGAAGACCCUGGCUCACCCUGUUUGCCAGCCUCACCACCACCCUGGGGGCCAACAGCAGCUUGGGCUCUUGCCAGCCCUGCCCUCCAGAGCCCAGAGGCCCAGGGAAUGGGGCGCAGUUCCCACUGAGCUGAGCCCUCCCCCUGCAGACAGCAGCCAGCUGUGAGUGGGAGUCGGGCUGAGCCCUGGCCUAGCGCAGUGAGGCCCUGACUUCCAACCCCUGCGCUGCGCAGAAAAGAGAAAAAAGUCAGUCGAAGGCAGAACCGCGGAGCCUCAGAGAUGAGGAGAGGAGACCAGACCCCAGCAAGGAGCCCCACGGUCAGGCAGAGCCGCUGCCCAGUGCAGCAGCAGCCGGGAAGGAAGAGUGACACCAGCCAGAGGAAGAGGAAGAGUUUCAAACCGGCAAGGGAAGAACAAUCUAGAACUCCAUGAUGCUAGAACCACAUAACAGCGUGUUGCCAAUGGCAGACCCUUGGCGAGCCGAGAGUCUGCUGCAGGCCACUGGGAAUGGCAGCCGUGGGAUGGGGGCGUGCCUCCCGCGACGCCAGGCACUGGUGACGUGUGGUGAGCAGGCUUGGGGCUGUUGGGGAGGAGGGAGGACAUUCCGAGUCCCAAGAGGCCGCAUCGCCUGCAGCCCUGCGCAGGUGGGUCAGGAAACAGAGCAGUGGGGAGCGGAGAGGAGAAGGCUGCAGCAAAGGUCCAGAGGAAGGCAGGCUGCCCAGGGUUCCAUCCCACACACCAGAGGACGCCCCUGCCCCCACGAUCACAGGCACACAGUAAGGUGGUAGAAAUAAACAACCAGGACGCUGAUCCCAACAGGUGCAGACCCGAACCUGCCAGUUUAAUGCUCAGACGCUCAGAUUCAAGAUCCAGCUGCAUCGUUUGUAAGAUACACACCUAAAGCACGUAACUGUUAAGUGUAAAGAUGUUUAAAGACACCCAAAGAAAUGUCUUUAGUUAUAUAAACCAGAGAGAAUAAACUUCAAAGGGGGAAAAAGCCAAUGUCCUAGACCCCCCAGAAGGUUCCACAAAGCCCUAGGAGUGAAUUAUUUAUUGUGUAGUCGUGAGGAUUUGACCCAGGGAUACUAUCGCUGCGCUACCCCUUAGCCUUUUUUUAUAUUUUAUUUUGAGACAGGUUCUCACUAAAUUGCUGAGGCUGGCCUUGAACAUUUUUUCUCUUUGGUACCAGG